CCUCAAUACAUAGAUAGAAUUGCGUUUCGGCCUCCGGCGAAAUGGUUCCUUUGUUCAGUCCGGCGGCCGCCGGCGGAGGAGCGGUGCUCUCCUCCGUCCACCACUGUUCCCUCAAAUUCGCCAAACCAAUCGCCCCUCUCUUCUCGAAACACCGCUCGGAAGUCUCCGCCGCUCGCCGCUUCAGACCCCUUGCACUCCCCAAUGCCGCGGAGUCUUCCGGCGGUUCUACCUCUAAAUCGAACUCCUCUCCGUCGUCCAUGGCUGCACCGUCGGAAGAUGAGGAAUAUAAUUCCGUCUCUGUCGUCGGGGAGAAGAAUGUUCCUCUUGAAGGCGUUAUUCGGUACGAGAAGCCUGAUUCCGGAUCUCUUCUCGCUAAAUGGGGUCUUUUGGCGGUAUUGGUUAGUGGAGACGUGGCGUCCUUGCUUCUGUUCUCAGCAAUCGGAAGGUUCAGCCAUGGACUAUCCAUUUUCGACUUGGAAACAUUCAAGACUGCUGAUCCUUUCAUCGCUGGAUGGUUCUUGAGUGCAUAUUUUCUUGGGGGAUAUCGAGAAGAUGGCAAAGGAAAGAAUGGUCUGCGAAGUGCUGUGAUUGCCGCCGCCAAGUCCUGGUCCUUGGGCAUUCCGCUCGGAAUAAUGAUAAGGGCUAUAACAAUCGGACAUAUACCACCUACCAAUUUCAUCUUAGUCACAAUGGGAAGCACGGGUGUGCUGCUUGUGGGAUGGAGAGCUCUACUGUUCAGCAUUUUUCCAAGUAACAAGAACAAGGGCAAUGAUGUAUACAAGCGUGGCAGCCCUUUCGAACUAUUUGAGUUGCUUACAUCAUUGGUGAGAAGAUGGUGAUCAUAUGUUGCCCCAUUUUUGUAACACCUCCUGUGUCUAUGAUGUUGUCACUGAAGGUUACCGUGCAUCGGUAUAAUGGAAAAGAAAAAAGAAAAAACAAAGAUGUUUUACAUAUGAUGGACAUAAAUUUUGUUACACUAACCCCCAAUUCAUUAGUUCCUACAUUUGGACACUCCAUCA